CAGGCACUGUGCAGUGCUCUCAGUCUCAGCAGCUAAAAGCUGGGCGCAGGGGAACUGCGACGGCCGCGCCAAGCAUCAUCCCAGUGAUGGCCUCUGCCGAGCAACCGUGCUCCAGCUUCCACCAGCAGCACUGCGCAUAAGGCUAACACACCCACCUUUGCCCUCCUGCCCAGAAGUGAGAGAGACACCACCAUGUACAGUGUGGAGGACCUACUCAUUUCGCAUGGAUAUAAAUUGCCUAAAAGCGACCCUCCGUCUGCCACGCCUUAUGACAAGCGCCCUGCUGAUUGCCAGCGGGAACUUGUGGACAACAGGGCUGGCCGGGGGACACUGAACGGGUAUGAGGCCGACCGGGGGACAUCAAUCACAGGAAUCUAUGGCAGCAGGCAGGCACUGGUGAAGGGUUACCCUGCCACUGACAACGAGAGUGGGGAAAGGAUCCUAAGGAGAAAAGAACUCGGCAUCGGUAUCCUAGGUGACGCUCAGCCCUUGGGUGAUUCUCUUGCCACAGAUAGUGGGUUCUACGAUGUUCCCAGUUUGACUUAUUCUGAGCCACUAAGCUAUGACGAGAGGGAUGUUUCCUACUGGCGGAGGCGAGGCCAGGACUUCAGCAUCCUCCUGGACUAUGCUGAUGGCAGGGAGCUGAGGGCCUCUGCUGGUGCAUGGAGGCCACAGGCCCUGAUUGCAGCAGAGGAACACAGAGCAGAGAGGCAAGCACAGCAGCUAUGGGAGGAAAUUUCCUGGCUCAGGGACCUGGACGCUGCCCCUGGUCAGCUGAGGGUGACAGGGGAGAGGAAGUGCCAGAGCCUUGGUACAGAGGAGUGGAGGCCUGCUGUGGGCCUGGGAAGGCAGUUGUCUGAUGGGGACGGGGAGCGGUGGGCUCAGGACCAUUACCGCCUGAGGACACCAGAGGGUUUUUUUCACCCAAGAACUAAAGCAAAGUCGCAGUCUCUCCCCAGAGUUUUGUCACCUGACCGUUCUAGCUGCAGAGAUCUCAUUCCAUCAAGGCCAAGCCUUCCUGAUAGACAACAGAGGCUAAACAGCACUGUCUUCUCUGGGCCCUAUAGUAGGUAUAUCUAUAGUGGUGCUGUUGUAAGGGACCGAUGGGGUAGGAAUUCUGGGCCAAGCAGCCAUGUUGCACUUUUAACAAAGCCCAGGUUCAGCAGGCCUUUAAAGCCGCCAUCAUAUGAGACUCACCAGCAGAAUAGGGGUAGCGCAGAAAUGCUUGCUAUAGAGCAGGGUGCCAAACAAAAGGACAGGUCUAUCUAUUUUCCAAGGGGAGGGGAGCUGAGACAUGACUAUUUCGCACAACACUCUGCCAUCACUGGAAUGGAGCCCCCUGGAUACAUCCCACCCCCUUCUUAUAGAAGAGCUCCACCCCCAAGAUCAGUUUCCUUCAAUCGCAACGAAAUGGCAAACUUAAGAUGGAGGGCAGAAGCUCUGCAUAUGCCAAUGUCAGAUCCUGGUAGGUGGUUAUCCAGACAGUCAAGUAGCUCAUGGUUGGAACAUUAUGGGGAACGUGUUGCAUCCUAUCGAAAACAGGUACACUCCGGACAUGAAGAACAACCAAUUCAAGCCCGUCAAUUACCCGCUGAAGAACCAAGAGUGAAGCAAAUCUCAGGAGGGCCUAGCGGAACUUCUCUCACCGACUCAGACAAGAUACGAAACAUCAACAAAGAGAUCCCAGCCGCAAAGAUUUUAGGACAAUCUACACAUGAUAGUGCCUUUCCUCCCCAGCAGGGGCCAGCUCUCAAUACUGAAACACGCAAAACAGCGCUCAAUGACAAUGACAGCAGUAAUCGAUGGUGCACCAGGGGACUAAACAAAAAAAGUGACAGUGUAGCUCCUGAACAAAGCCAACAACGAAGCCAGUUUUUCCCUUCAUCGAUUCUGGGUAAACCGCCACCUCCCCCGUGCAAGCCGGCCGACCAGGGUGUCUCUGAAACUGUGACAGAAGUGAAAAAGGUCGAGCAACCUGAACCACCAGAGAAGGACAAAACCAAGAACCUGAAAAAAAGACUUAGUGAGACAAUUUUUUGUUUGGUGUCCGUGCCUGUUACUCCGCAGCUUACUGGAACAAUCCGUGAUCAGAAUAACAACAAUGAGAAGUCACCGGACCCUGCCGACAGUCCCAGUGAUAACAAAACUGGCCAUUUAACAAACCAAAGUCUCCAAAGCACAUCUUCAGCUGAGGCUGAGCUGCAAGCACUAACUGGUAGCAUAGCGAGCAGCAAAACGAGCAGUCGAGCGAGCAGCAAAAUGUUUAAAAGAGUCCCCUGUAGACCCCCUAAGAUUAACCAUUACAAGGAGAUGAAACUGUCAGGAACAUGGCCUGCAAACCAGUAUCGAGACCAGGAGACACAAACUAGCCCAGAGGCCCAAAAAACUGGCCCUGAAAACAAGGAAGCACAACAAGAUCCUGUCCCCCCCGGCACUGAAGUUCCUCCUGAUAGCAGUGGUGCAGUGGGCACUGCCUUCAGUUUUCCGAUAAAGGGAGUGAAGAGCCUGAAACUCUCGAGCAACAGCGCCUUCUCCCUUACAUCAACCUUCUCCAACCAGCUGAACAAGAGCACAGCUCCGCAGCCAGCAGUCCCACCCUCAGGAAAUUCGGAGGAGAGCAAACCAGCAGCAAACGGUGGGCAGACGGCUUUGAACAGUUCUUGCUGAGACCAGCCAGCCAGCGAC